UCGUGCAGGUUAAAACUAGUCAUAAUUUUUCAUACAUCACAUUUGUGCAUUACUACUUUUGUGAUAUGGAUUUAUUUCAGUUUUAUUCAUACGACAUACACUUUUUUCCUAUUUAAAUAAUACAUCAGAGUUCUUGUGCCGACGUUAUCUCAUCAAUUUGCAGAAAUGCUACGACCGGUUUUCUCCCGACCAGGGGAUAACAUGUGGCAAGAAGAUAAGCCCGAUAUCGAUGCCCAUUCGUCUACGCAAUUUAUUUACAAUGCGCACCGCUCACUCGCACUUGAUAUGCAACGUCAACGGCUUCCUAUAUUCAAAAACAAAGACCACGUAAUUUACCUAUUAGAGAAAUACCAAACCCUGGUUCUAGUAGGUGAAACAGGCUGUGGUAAAAGCACACAAGUGCCUCAGUACCUCCUCGAAGCAGGAUGGUGCGCGGACGGCAAAAAGAUCGGUAUCACGGAACCUAGAAGAGUCGCUGCCACCUCUCUGGCGAAUCGCGUGGCCGACGAGCACAAUUGCAUUCUGGGGACCACCGUGGGUUACUGCAUACGCUUCGACGAUUACACCGAUGACACGACCAAGAUCAAGUACAUGACGGAAGGCAUUCUCCUGCGGGAGUUAAUGAGCGAUCCGUUGUUAACAAGCUACUCGGUCAUUAUGCUGGACGAAGUGCACGAAAGAACGCUUCUGACUGACAUUAUUAUGGGGCUGCUGAAGAAAAUAAUCAGGAAACGGAAGAGCCUGCGAAUUAUCGUGUCGUCGGCGACCGUGGACGCGGAGGAGCUUCGCGACUUCUUCAACGUGAACACGACCAAAGACCCCGACAAGGAUAGCGCCGUUAUAAUGAGCGUCGAGGGACGCCUAUAUCCAGUGGAAAUAUUUUUCCUGAAAGAGCCUAUAGCGAAUUACGUUAAUGGCGUGGUAGACACCGUUCUAAAAAUACACGAGACGGAAAAGCCGGGUGAUGUCCUGGCGUUUCUCACGGGACUCGAUGAGGUCGAUCGAGCCGUCUCUCUCUUGUCGGAGCACGCGGAGCUUAUCAAAGACGGGAAACCAAAACUGCUGCCAUUACCGAUGUACGGGUCGCUGCCGAAUACGGAGCAGUUGAAGGUGUUCUGGCGGGCGGCCAAAGACUCUCGGAAGAUUAUCGUGGCGACUAAUAUCGCGGAAACGUCUAUCACCAUUCCAAAUAUAGUUUACGUAAUCGACUGUGGUUUCGUCAAACUCCCUUGGUUCGAGGCGGAAACCCAGACGAAUAGCCUCGUUAUUGUUCCCGUAUCAAGAGCUUCCGCCGACCAGCGAGCCGGCCGCGCCGGUCGUGUUUGCACAGGAAAAGCAUAUAGGCUGUACACGGAGGAGGCUUACGCUGGAUUCUUCGAAGCGACGCCACCGGAAAUGCAACGCUCGGAUUUGGCACCGGCGAUAUUGCAAUUGAAAGCCCUGGGUAUUGACAAUGUGCUGCGCUUCAAUUUUCCGUCCGCGCCGCCCAGUAAGAAUCUAGUCACGGGCUUGGAAUUAUUGUACGCGCUGGGUGCGAUCGAUGGCAAUGGAGAUCUGACGAUGCCGUUAGGCCUCACCAUGGCGGAGAUACCUCUGGAGCCAGUGCUGGCGAAAUCUUUGAUUGUCUCUGGUGAAAUGGAAUGUUCGGAGGAGAUCACGACGAUAUUCGCUCUUCUGCAAGUUCAAAACGUCUUCGUGCAACCGGGUGGGGGACAAGCUGCUCUGAAAGCGAGAAUAGCGCAUCGUAAGUUCGAGGUGGAGGAGGGCGAUCUCUUGACCUUGCUGAACGUCUACACGGCCUUCCAGCAGAACAAAACGUCCGCCUGGUGCCAGAAACAUUUCCUCAAUUACAAAGCUCUGUGCAGGACGACGGAAAUUCGCACGCAGAUGCACAAAAUGCUGAAACGCUUGGACAUUCCGUUGAUAUCUUGCGAUGGAAAUAUCCAACAAAUUCUCAAAUGUCUAACAGCCGGUCUCUUCCCUAAAGCGGCGUAUUUGCAUUAUUCAGGUGUAUAUAGAACAGUUCGAGGUAACACGGACUUAUUCAUUCAUCCAAACAGCUGCCUGUAUACCUUGCAGCAGCCCCAAUGGCUCCUAUUCUGUGAGAUCUUGCAAACCACUAAAACUUACAUGAAGGACUUGACGGUUAUUCAGCCAGAUAUGCUGCUAGAAUCGGCGCCGCAUUUUUACGAGAAAACAUCUAUUGAAUCUGUUUAAAGUAUUCGUGUAAUUAUAGAAAUAAGUAAGAACAAUUAUACAGAACGUAACGUGUAUGUACAUAUGAUUAUUGUCUAUUUAUAAAUGUAAUUUUUGCAUUAAGAACCAUAUCAGUAUUUUUUUAAGUCGCGCGUGUAAUCGCGUGUCUACGUAAAGUUCAUUUCCAACUGUAAACAUGACUUUUAUUUCUCAUGAAAUGUAUAUGUAU